UUGGUAAGGCUGGCUACCAAAUGCAACACUUGCUGAUUUUGCAUUAAGGAAGACUUUCCUUCUACCUUAAAAAAAUCUCUCUGCACUGUUUUCUUUAAAAGCAAAGAACAACAGCCAAUAGCUGACAGGCACAUGGCAGGUUGCCUUCCCAUCUUCCCAUACUUUCAGGAGAGCCCAGGCAAGGAUGGUGUGGAUAUUUUAGGAACUGGAAGCACUUGGGAAGGCUGCAAAGUACAGACCGCUAAAGAAACAAUUUGUAGAAUGAAAGAAAGGGCAUUCCCCAAACCCCUCCGCCACAUCAAAAAUCAGCAAUUCUAAACUGGUUACACUGCUGUCUAUUGGAGGAUGGAACUUUGGCACUGAAUUGUUCACCAUCAUGGUCUCCACACCUGAUAAUCGCAAGAACUUCAUUAAUUCAGUGAUUGCAUACCUCCGUAAAUAUGAUUUCGAUGGGAUUGACCUAGACUUUGAAUACCCAGGCUCUAGGGGCAGUCCCGCUGAGGACAAACAACGCUUUACCACCCUGGUUCAGGAAAUGCGGGAUGCCUUUACAGCAGAAGUUGCAAAAACUGGGAAAUCUAGACUACUGAUCACAGCUGCGGUGUCUGCUGGUGUAGAAACUAUUGAUGCUGGAUAUGAAAUUGCUAAGCUAGGGCAACUCAUGGAUAUCAUCAGCGUGAUGACGUAUGACUUCCAUGGUGACUGGGAUACUACUACUGGAUGCAACAGUCCCCUGUACUCAGGUUCCGCCUGGUGUGAUGUUGACUAUUUCAACUGUGCCUAUGCUAUGGAGUAUUGGAGGGAUCAAGGUGCCCCAGCUGAGAAGCUCCUCAUGGGUUUCCCCACCUACGGACGCUCCUUCAGGCUUAGUAGCAGCAGUAGCACAGAUCUCUGUGCUUCAGUUUCUGGUGCUGGUCCCCCAGGGCCGUAUACAGAAGAGGCUGGAUAUUGGGCUUACUUUGAGGUCUGCAGUUUCCUAAAGGAUGCUAAAGUACGGUGGUUGGAGGACCAGAAAGUCCCAUACGCCUACAAGGGAGAUGUAUGGGUUACAUAUGAUGACAUUUGUAGUUACAGGCACAAAGCCAGAUACCUGAAGGAGAAGAAAUUUGGAGGUGCCAUGGUUUGGGCCAUUGAUUUGGACGACUUUCUUGGUACUGAGUGUAAUCAAGGAAUAAAUCCUUUAAUAAAUGAGCUGAAGAGAUUGCUUGAAACAAAUGAGCCCAUUGUACCAGACUGCCCUUCCGAUGAUCCUACAGUUACUCCUUCAGAAGAUCCCAUUGUUACCACACCAAGGGAUGAAACUUUUUGUGUUGGGAAAGUCGAUGGCAUCCAUGCGGACCCCAAAGACAAGACAAAAUUCUACAUGUGUGCGGGAAACCAAACUUUUCAAAUGAGUUGUGCAACUGGCCUAGUCUUCAAUGAUAGCUGCAAGUGCUGUGACUACCCAUAAUAUUUACACCAGCCCAAACAAACAAGAAUGA